CCGAGCACACCUCUGUGUGUGUGUGUGGCUGAUGGCGUGUGUCUGUGUGGCGGUGCGGCUGAUGGCGUGGCGAGGUUGGAGCCUCCAUCUUUACGGGGGCCGCUAGCUGUUGGGGUGGCAGGCAGCUUUGUGGCGAGUUUUAUCUCCCCCACCCCACCCCAGUAAGCCAAGCGUGUGGAUGGAUUGACGGAGCCACUCAUUGAGGAGGAGGAGAGAGAGAAGCAGAGACACUUGUGUUUUGUGUUGUAUUCGCGGAAAGAAUGUGAACAUCUGUAGCGUCGAGACUUUGGACCGACGAGCAACUUGUCAGCCUCUCAACACGCAACAGGAUAACUCUACAUUGUGCCAAAGAUGCAUGCCAGAGAAGCUGCAGACCCUAAUGGUGGGGGCGGGUUAACAGAGAAAGAUGAAACUGUUGAAGGGGACACUCCAGAAGUUGUGGACUCUACCUCAGGUACCACUGUUGUAUCUACCAAAUCAGAAAAUACCACUGCCACAGAUGACCCUACAACAGACAGUGCUACUCUUGCAACAUCCAGUGCCAUCGAGAGCACCAUACAGGUUAAAUUGGAACCAGACGACAGCAGCAGCAGUAGCAUCAGCAGCACGAGUGAUGUGAGCUGGCGGCUGGAGGUUGAAAGCGAUGCCAGCAUGCGCAAGCGACUCUUCACCAGUCUAAGUCAGAGCUUUCCAGGUAGUGCUCUCUCGCGUGUGCUGCAUUCCAUGGACACCAUGCCUCUGGACUCCGAUGAUGAAGAUCUUGCCUCACCAGACAAACUAAGUUCCAGCUGUUUUGCUGAGAUACGCCUGGACAAGGGGGAGAUGGAUGAUGAUGAGCUCACAUCUCUCACAUGGCUGCAAGACUCGGACCUGCUGAAAAAUAUCAAUGCAGGCGAGGACAGUGACAUCAGUGAGGAGGAUGGGCAGAAGGAAAAUGACGAUGGACGCAAAAAUGGAGAUGGUGCAGGAGCUGGCAGCUUUGUGCCACAGACCCACCCACCCCAUGUACCCUACAACCCUCUGAAACACAUUAACUCUAAGCCUCCAUACUCCUUUAGCUGCCUCAUCUUCAUGGCCAUCGAGGACUCGCCCCAGAAAAAGCUGCCAGUGAAGGACAUUUACAACUGGAUCCUUACUCACUUCCCUUACUUUCAAAAUGCUCCAACUGGAUGGAAGAACUCAGUGCGACAUAACUUGUCUCUCAACAAAUGCUUCAAGAAGGUGGAGAAGGACAAAGGACAGAGCAUUGGAAAGGGAUCAUUAUGGUGCAUAGACCCAGAUUACAGGCCCAACUUACUGCAGGCUCUGCGCAAAACUCCUUAUCAUCCCUAUCACCAGCUUCAGAUGAUGUCCACCUUGCCUCAGAGCACCCACCUGACACACCUUCAGGGAUUACCAGGGGGCGUGCGGCCUAUGCCUCUGGCACAGCGACCAGUGCCCAAUACUGUGUCACCACAUCUCUUCCCGUUCCUGAGCAGACGGCUGGCACAGACGCCCUGUGUUAUUGACAGUGAAAUGCAGGAUGUGGCAAACACUCUAGUGGCAAUGAAAGGCUUCAGCAGCAAAAAUUCUUCAGGGAUGUCUUCAGAUGGAUCAGAUGCUAGUGGUCCCACAAGCGCCAGGUCCAUGUUUAAGCGCAAAUUUGGCCAUGGACAUAAACGACACAAGGGUCCCAUUGUAUGCACGUUGAAUCCCAGCGAAGAUCACACUUAUUCUGCAACACGGGUUCUUGAAGAGGAUGAGGCAUCUGGGACAUCUUCGAUUGACAACGAGUAUGAUUUUGGUUCAGGGGAUGAAGAAGAAGAUGAUGAUGACAUCUCUGAACCUUCAGAAUGUCCUUCUGAUUGGGACUGCGGUUCUGGAACGGACGAGGUUGAUGGUGAUGUUGCAUUUGUGCCCCGCAAGCGACUCAAGAUUGACCUUAAAGCCAGGAAGGAUGAAAGCAGCAGCAAACUAGAUGAAGAGGAGGAGAAGAAAAAAGAUGAAGAAGGAGCGAAAGCUUUACUAAACCUUGCUGGCAUCAGGAUGAUUUCAUCUGAACCAGAGACCAAACCCAGCACUCCAAAAUCUUCACCAAAGUCUGUGCCAAAGAUGACUUUCUCAUCAUCAAAGACUGUAACAACUGCGUCCAAAGCAAGACGUUCAUCGUCGAAGCAGUCCUUAUCUUCAAGAGCUUUGUCUUCAUCAUCUCCAGGCCGGCUUUUGUCAUCGUCAAAGCAAUCUUCGACAUCAGCAGCUUUGUCGUCGUCAUCUCCAGCCAGGCUUCUGUCAUCCAAAUCAGUGAAAUCAUCUUCAUCCAAGGCAUUAUUGAAGUCAGGAUCAUCUGUGUCAUCAUCUUUGUCAACAGUAACCAAACCUUCAUCACUGACAAUAAUGACAAGGCGUGGCAAGGCAGCAGCAGAAGCCGCAGCACUAGCGGCCGCCCCCGGCGUCUCCACUCGUGGCAAAAAGUUGAGCUUUUCUUAACAGUGACCAUCUUGGUUCCACCUUGCGAGGAGUAGACGCAGCUUCAGCUCCUUGCACUGCUACCUACUGCUGUUAUUCCUGCACUGACAACGCAAACUUGAGACCUCGACAUUUUCUAGCUAUUUUUGUGGAAAGUAUAAGAAAGAAAAUAAAAAUGCAUUUGUGCUGUUUCCACCGACAUGGCUACAUGCUGUAAUCUGCCUGUGGGUCAGACUUCCCCGAUGAGAUUUUGUGUGGUUGUUGCCUAAAUGCAGGCAGCAACAUAACGACUUUUGGGAGAGGUGUGUGUGCACCAGACGUCAUGACAGCUGGUGCUGACAUGACAUGCAAUAAAUGGCAGCAGGUGUACAACAGCUCCCUGUCAGCAUCAGGAGUACAUCAAGUCUUCCACCACUCUGUCGUCUUGUGUGCUUAUCAUUACAGAAACACUUGCCUCUUGUGGCUAGCAUGUUUCUGGAAUUUUGGGACACUUGGUUUCUCCAGGGAUCUUCAGAGGUGAUAAGUGCUUAAAACAGUUUCAGACACGGAUGUGACAAUAUAAUGGUUCUUAAUUGGAGAGCAUUCAUGUGAAUUUCUUGGACAUUUAUAUUUCAACUUGUAAUCGGGAAUGGCUGAUUUUUAUUUUCAAUUUUUAAAGAAAUUUAGUGAUUAAGCUAAAUUAAAAUGUAGGACUUGGAAUAAAUAACAGAAAUAUGAUUUAAUUACAAGAAGACUUCAAGAGUAGGUGGCAUCUUGUUCUUGUCUGGGUUUCAUCUUGACCUUUCAGGGUUUGCCUGCUGCUCAACCUCUGAUCUUAACACACCUAAGAUCAGCAUAGGUAGACUGCAACAAAAAGAUAAAUUCUUUUGGGGAAGGUCUAUAUGUGCACAGAUGUAUGGAUUCAUGUUUACAAUUGCAUGUGUGGUAGUUUGGCAGGGUGCAUGCUGGUAAGAAUUUUUUAAUGGUGGCCCAGCUUCAAGGGAGGUAAUCUCUUGACCAAAGCUUGCCUAACGAGAGGAUCAAUGAAAUCACGGAAAAAAUAUCUGGGAUGGCUUCUAUGUUAAUGAUUUUUUACUAGCAUUUUAGUUUUGUAAAGGUUUCAGAUCAAGUUAAUAGAGUUGAGUGUUAGGGACACUUUUUGGACCUUGUUUGCAUUUUUAAUUUUGCUUAGUCUGCCGUGGCUUAAGUGUAUGAUUCCUCUGAUCUAUAUAGUUGAAUAGCAGUGAUUCGCAUUCUUGUUUUACAGACAUCCCUAAGUUGUCAUAACAUAGUUUAAAACAGGUGUUCCAGGAAACAUGCAAUAAUAAGGCAGUAUAACCAAAUGUCGACAAUGCUGAAUGAAUUUGAUAUUGUUGGUCUACGUGAUCACUGUAUGCACGGAUGAACCAUGUAACCAGCAUUGAUAUUAUAGCAGGGCUAGAUAUGUUGCCUUUAAUACAAUUGUUAACAGAUGCAGAUUCUUAAAGCUGAUACCUAGGUACGCUUACAGGCCAGCAACCAGUGGUCCUCAGGUUGAGAGAGUUCUGUACGAUCCAACUUGUGUUCCUUCUAAAUCUGUUUUCUGUAAUUCUAGUUGUUAAUGGUCCAUGUACCAUAUCUUUGCAGCAUGUUGUACAUAAUACAGGUUACUUUGUAUACAGCAUCUUGAUGAUUGUUUAGUAAUAGAGUAGAGAAAGCAGUUCAUUUAUGUUAUGUAGGUCAGUGCACAUGGAGGUGACUGGAGUGAGACUGUAUUACCACGAGAGCUUAAUUUUUGUCCCAAUAUUCUUGUAUUAUAAUAGUGAGCACAAACUUGUUAGAGAUCCUUUGUAUAUUGUCCAUUAUUUUAAAACAUGAAUCAGUUAUCAUAUGUUUGUAAAACAAAAGACACUUUUCAAUGAUUGAAAGAAAGGCCAGGCAGUUUAGUGGCCUGCGUGGUAGAAGUACUGGAGACUACUAGUGUUUAUAAAUGCAUGUUUUGUGAAAAGGUGCUACUUUGGAUCGGGAGCUAAAUGUUAGAAAUUCAAGGGCAUAUAACUGUAGUUGGUGUAUAGCCAUAUUCAGAACAGUUUGAAAAUGUUAAAUUGAUAAUGCGGUUGUAGUAUUAAUGCUCCAUUGUUUCUUGUGUCAAUUUUUUCCAUUUGUAUCUUUCUUUUGAAUCUGAAAGUUGCUUAGUUCAGUCCAUGGUAUUUUGAUUAAUGAACUGGUGACCUGUUUGACCUCAUCAUCAUGGUCUUGUGAGAGUUUCAAGAAACAAAACAUUUUAGCAAUGAUGAGAUUACUUCCGUGAUGACAGAUUAACUGACAUGACCUUGUCAUAAAAAAAAAAAAAGAGCUGGUGAACGACUUGAUUUCAGCUGCAAGAUCACAAAAAAGCUAUGGUGAACUUGUGUGCUCCAAGACAGAGAUAGCUUUUGGUCUUUGUCAUGCUUGAGAUACUGUAGCAGCAUGAAGAUGGGUGCUUGUGUUUUAAGAUGGAGAGUGGUAUGCUUAUCAGUGUCAGUUGCCCACAGUUUGAUGGGUAGCCUUUUUCAGUCUCUUUUUAACAGCAGCAGAUUGAUGAUUCAAGGAAAACAAAGCGUGAAAUACUGUUCUUGUCUUCCGCCACACGUCACUGUAUAUACAGAUAUAUGUAUAGCAACAGGUGCUCACAUGUUUGCAUGAUCUUUAUUCCAGUGUAGGUUGUCAUAAAGCUUUCAUCAUCACAUAGAUUUUCAUCUGUUUUUAAUUUUUGUUUUGUUUUAAUUAGUGUUUUUAUUAAUGGGAUUGUAUAUGUAAGCUGGGGUCAUCCUUUUCUGUAUAGUCUUGAAUCAGAUACCCAUCAGCACCUAGUCUUAUUGUCGAGUACCACUAGUGCUGUGUUCAGCAGUUUACAUGAAAUCAAAUGGUUUGACUUUUUGGGGGAGAGGGGAUGGGCAGUCGCUCAUUUUAAUAUUUUGUUUUUUUUUUCGGUAAGAAAUCUAGAGCAGUGGGUAUUCUAACCAGUGCUGGAUCAAUUUUUCAAAUUAUUUUACCAAUUUAAGAAUGGUGACCACAACAUCUUUUUCCCUUUACCUGCUGUUUCCCAUUUCUGUCCCACUAUUCACAAAUCCUCUUUAGGGUUUUGCAUCAUGACUGUAUUACAACACUUAAUUUUUAAUUUAAACAUGAGCCCUCUGUUCUGUCCAGCAUAUAUCAUAUACAUACCUAACUUUUACCUGAUAAUACAAAAACAGACUGUUAACUGUUUACACAGAUGUUUUCCUUUGUUCCUUCUCCUCCAUCCCCUAGCUGCAGCUGUUACUGGAGACAGGUCCUUCUUAUGGGUGGCUCUAGUUAUCUUGAAGAGGGCUUCUCUUUCCACCUGCUGACUAUGAGCUUAGUGUUUGACUUGCUAUAGCAGGAAUGGUGCAGUCGCAUAAAUUAGUUUUUUUUUUUUUUCCAAGAUGACUGACGUUUCUGCCAUUGGUAGAAGCAAUUAAGUCUCCUCCCUUUGACAUGUGGUCAUCAGAGAAUCACUGGAAUCAUUGACAGGACUCUCAGUUGUGGUCUUUCCUCCACUAGAUGUAGCAGGGUUGGGUUAUCUAAACAGGUCUGUUGCUGUUGGACCAGCUGAUUUUGCACUGCCAUUGAUGCUCUUUCUGCCUUGUAAGAACAGACAGCUCUCUAAAGAUCACCAGAUGUCUUCCUUGUGAAUGUCCUGUUCCUGAGACGUUUUCAACUUUGUCCACUUUCCGCUUGAGGUAGCUAGUUUCAGAUAGAGCCAUACAAGAACUUCCAGUAAGAUGACAAGAAUACUGUCUAGCUUGCCCUUGGAUGAACAAUUUUUGUUUUUAGAAUAGAUACUUAGGUUUUAAUAUUGACAAAAUAGCAUCACUGCUAUUGGAAACCAAGGAUUUGUAAGAAAUUAAAAGUCUUAAACUUCUCAUUGCAGAUCAUUUUAGUAAAGCAAUAAGUUUAGAAUUGUUAAUGAGAACAGCCAAAAUAUUUUUUUUGUCUUAAGACCACUUUUGAAAUUGAUGGUACAGAGAUUGACUUUUGAUACAUAUAAACAGCCUUUUUUUUUUUUUACAUCCCAUGAUACUUGAAUAGACUACGCUGCUUUAUAGAUGCCGGUGUCACACAUCUGUACAUUCGCCAUGACAAGACUGCAUCUAGAGAUUUGUAACUUAGAAAUAGUUCCGGUAGCAGUAGUUUUGUGCUGUGAUGUGGACUCUAAUGUUGACACCACAUUAACAAGACAAGCCUGUAAUCAUGUCAGCAACUGGUGCAAGUCAAUAGCUAUUCACUGAUGUGUUCAGGGCUGUGUGCUCUACAGUGACCCCCAUACAAGCUAUCCCUCUUACUAAUGUUCAGGGCUGCGUGCACUAAAGAGACCUCCUCCCCAAUACCAAACUAAUCCCUAUUACUGAUGUAUUUUUAUGAUGUUAUGAGAAACUGCCUUUUUACAUCUUCAUUUUGCAACUUCUUGUUAAGUGUUUAUAAGACAUUUGUUCUAAAUUGUUACAUGAUGUCAGGGCCCCAGGUAACAGUUUUAGAGCCUGGUCCAGAUGAGACCAGCAUUGCUAAUUUGUUGGCUCCAUUUUUAUGUCAUAUGGUUGGGUGCAGUCUGAAUCUUGCUCAAACUGUUGAAUGAGUUUUACCAUUAAUUGCUUUCCAGGUGCUUUUGGAUAAUCGCAGAUCUCUGGUUCCAUCAUCCCCGUGCCCUCUCAUUCUUCUUAAGCUUGUGCCAGAUUUUGACAGAAUAAAAUAGUUAAGCAUCACAAAAGUCAGUUUAUGUGUUGAUUAAUUAACUUUAUUGUUGCUUUGUAUAACUUAUAAGUGGCACUUUAAUAAUGAUGUGCAAUCAGAUUGUUUUAAAAACCCUAUUAUGAAAACUUGAACAUUAUAAUGUCAGCCUCUGACACUGCCUCUUGUAUAAUUCUAAUUGCAGUUGACAUUCCAGUCAUUUACAGGUUUGGUAAAAUAAUUGACCAUGUUGAUUGUAGACAAGAGCUGUCAUAUAGUAUGUACCUGCUAUUUUCUUUUCACUGCCUUAUGCAGGUGUUGAUAGCUGCUCUUUUCACUAUUCUUACACAGCUUCUUUCAGUUCUUAAGAGGAAUUGAUUUAUGUUAAACAGCUGGCCAAAAUAAAAAAGGGAGGGAUGGUGGUCAAUGUGCUUCACACAGUGUGUGCCAAGUGCAAAUAACUCUGUGUUCACAAUUUCUGUGCAAUAGAGGAAAUGUUUAGACCAGUAACAAAAACAUUUGUAGCAACACAAUUUAUACCUUUGCUGCUGUCCUGAAUUGCUUUAGGUUCUGUCACAUUUGUCACCAGAGUUUCAAGUACUCUUUUUUUCCCUUGAAUUUCGUUGCAGUUUUUAAAUAAUGUUUUGAUAUUUAAAUACUGGAGCUACUGGUGGCAUCCAUGCCAUGAGACUGAUAUUAGGCAAUAAGUUGAGUUUUGGUAUUGCUACCAGUUGAUUGUGGUUUGCGGACAAUAGAUUAGAAAUGUUUCAUCAUUCAGAAUGUGUGCCAUCUCACAGGCUGCUUCUGGUAACUGAAAGUUUGUAGUUUCAUUUAAAAAAAAAUUUUUUUGUCAUUCUUUCUGCUUGGGUAGAUGAUAUUGGUCUUAACCCCCAACCUCUUGCCCAACUUUGACCGCAAUACCACAUGGUUUAUAGGGUUUCAAUAUUAUGGGGACAUGGUGUAUGUGGCAUUUGUACACAAGCUAUUCAAAAGCAUUAUGUAACUGCAAUGUUUUCUUUACAUUUGUUGUACACAACAGUUUUCUAGCAUCAUCUCUGUACAUGUCUGUAUAUAGCAAAACAUAAGUAAACCAGUUUUUUUCCCA